UGGAGCCGGCUGCUCCGGCUACUUAGAGUGCUCGGUGAGGCGGUGGGAACGCCGAGCCUAGCCGGGACUGGCCAGGUGGAGCUGCGCCCCAGCCGGUGUAGACGGGAGCGCACCGGUACCGCGCCGCGGGGUAGAGCCGAGCCGCAGCCCCUCGGGCCGCCCGGGACCCACGUGCACCGCGGCGUCUGCAGCACCCAUGGGAACCUGGAGACUUUAAAGGAGUUUGGGGUUUCGGGAGCAGGGAAAUCACGGAUCCCCGUUCCUGGCCCUCGCCUCGCCGCGUCAUUGAUGGGCAACCAACUGGAUCGAAUCACCCACCUCAGCUACAGCGAGCUGCCCACAGGGGACCCGUCGGGGAUCGAGAAGGACGAGCUGCGGGUCGGGGUCGCCUACUUCUUCUCGGAUGAGGAGGAGGACCUGGACGAACGCGGGCAGCCCGACAAGUUUUGCGUGAAGGCCACGGCAGGCUGCACCCCCUGCCCGGAGAGCCCCAGCCGCCACCACCACCACUUGCUGCACCAGCUGGUGCUCAACGAGACUCAGGUCUCCGCCUUCCGGGGCCAGGAAUGCAUCUUCUCCAAAGUGAGCGGCGGCCCGCAGGGCGCCGACCUGAGCGUCUACGCGGUCACCGCGCUGCCCGCGCUCUGCGAACCCGGCGACCUCCUGGAGCUGCUGUGGCUGCAGCCCGCGCCCGAGCCGUCGGCGCCCGCCCCGCACUGGGCCGUGUACGUGGGCGGCGGCCACAUCAUCCACCUGCACCAGGGCGAGAUCCGCCAGGACAGCUUGUACGAGGCGGGCGCCGCCAACGUGGGCCGGGUGGUGAAUAGCUGGUACCGCUACCGCCCACUGGUGGCCGAGCUGGUGCUGCAGAACGCGUGCGGCCAUCUGGGCCUCAAGAGCGAGGAGAUCUGCUGGACGAACUCGGAGAGCUUCGCCGCCUGGUGCCGCUUCGGCAAGCGCGAGUUCAAAGCCGGAGGGGAGGUGCAGGCGGGCACGCAGCCCCCGCAGCAGCAGUACUGCCUCAAGGUGCACCUGGGGGAGAACAAGGUGCACACCGCCCGCUUCCACAGCCUGGAAGACCUCAUCCGUGAGAAGCGCCGCAUAGACGCCAGCGGCCGCCUGCGCGUGCUGCAGGAGUUCGCUGACUUCGUGCGCGACAAGGAGUAGCCGCCCCGGGGCUGCCCGGACCCCGCGCGCGGCCCCUCCCCGCCCUCAGCGAUUCUGCACCCCCGCCCCCCUCGCGCGCGCGACCGGAGCCGCCGGUGGUCAGUGGCGGGGCUGCAGCCUUGCCCCCCAACAGCAAGUGCCAGGAAGACACGGAGACAGACACCGGACGCCAGGACGGAAGGGGCGCAGCGGCACGCGCCGGCCCGCGCUCCCGGAGGUGGUGACGCUCUGGAGCCCCGGCGCGCUUUCCCCUCGAGUUGUCAGACGGCAAGGGCGGGCGGGAAGAGGGGCGCAGGGGCGCAGCGUUUUGCGCCCACAGGGGAAGUCCCCUUACUAAAAAGGGGCGGUCACCGCCCCGAAAUGCGCGAGCACGGGCCAGUCCCUUGGCUGGCGAGAAUUCUCUUUGCAGGGCUCUUGGAUAGGUCCCCGGAUCGCAGGGUUUCCAAGAAAUCCAGCCCGUCUGUCGUUGGUGCACUUGGAAAUCGCUCCGCGAGGUCUGGGUCAUCCCGAGGCUGCCUGGGACUCUUCCACCUCUCCCGGACCCAGGUCUCCCGCCGCUGCCCUCCAGGCUCUGGGCUGAGCUAUUUUCUGCUUCCUGUUGCUUGCACGAGGAAGCAGACGCCACCCCCACCCGCAUUUGCCCAGUGAGUCUCCAGACCGCAGAGGUUCCGGGCGGUGAGGAGAGGUGACUCCGCCUGGAUAGGGAGCGAGUUCACCCGGUGUCUGGAACUCGAACGAGUAGAGCAGGGCGCUUGUUCUAAACCCUCGAUUGCUCCUUCCUCGGGCUGCAUUUCAAAAAUAGUCAUGUGUUUAACUGGGCUAGAGGAGAGGGAGGGGGAGGACGCGACAUUCCGGAAACCAGCAUUAGGGCAGCAGCACGUAGCCAGUCAAUUUAGGUUGGCUUUCCCUAACAGAGAUAGAUCUUAGCCCGCGGGAAGUGGAAAUUAAGUUUUAAACAUGAGAGCGGAGAUUUCUAACUAUGUCAACAAAGCCUAUCGUGUUGAUGUUUUUAUUGACCAUUUUAGCAACAUGCUAAUAAAAUUUCAAAUUGAAAUUUUUAUUUUCAUGGCUUUACUCCAUGAUAGUUUAAAUACUGGGGGCCAUUAAGAGUGGAUGUAGCUAAGAGCUUAGCUAACAUUGCCUUUUUCACUCUAUUUUUCUUAAAUCUUACGAGAAUUCUGUUUUUUGAAUAUUGUAGUUUUUUUUAAUUUAAAUAGCAGCCCAAGUAAUGGUGGAGUUAUUAAUGUCUAUGUUGUCCUACAUUUCUGCCAGGUAAAGGGUUUAUUUGGUUUGGUGGAAAUUGCUGGCAGGCUCGGUGUGGAUUUUUUUCUCCAUGUGGUACAGCAUUACCAUUUCACAUUUGCAUUUUUUUUAACUGUCUCCUCCUGCUCUCCUUAAAAAGGACUGCAGUUUGUGGCUGUAUCCCCUCUUCUUUAGCCAGUCCCAAAAUACAUUCCCUAAAACAGGGAAAACCUUGUAGGGUCAGUACAAAUACGUGUUUUUCACACAACGUAGGGUUGUGUGAAACUCCCUCCGUGGGUGAAGGACGACAGCCUUCUCUCCUUGGGCUGCAGCCCUGCCUGAGGGAUCCUGCUGGACUCCAUGCAUUGGGCACCCCUAUAGCAUCUACGUCUCUUUCCAGGGAACUUGUCAAAUACUGGUGUUUAGCAAAUUGUUGCAAGCAGUUGCGUCUUGACAGCUACGAUUAGCUGGACAGCAGAUUUUGUGGCCAAAGCCAGUUUCUUGGCAUUUCAAAAAUAAUGCAAUAAAAACUAGUCGAAGUUAGCUAAGACUGGAAAUGCCUUUUCCAUGGGAAAUGAUUCAUUAUGUUCUAUUUUUUAUUUUUAUUUUCUUUUGGCUUUCAUUCUGGAUUCAUUCCCUGAUCUUGAAUCAAGAGGUCAGAUCAAUGAAAUAUGAACUAGAGUAUUUUUCUUAAGCCUAUUGAGUGAUUUAUAUUUUAAAAAUGUUUAAAUGCAUAUGCUUUUCUUUCAGCACACGAAACAAACUUUUGUAAUGACUAACUUACCUUUGCAUGUAUGGAGAACUGAAAAUCAUUUAUUUCCCUAACUUAUUCUUCUCUCAAAUAACAGAUGACAAAUCAUAAAAUGAAAUUCUUUAUUGUAUCUACACACUCCAUAUUCUUUACUGUGUUUCCUUCUGUAUCUUGGCUCCCUGCUGUAUUAAACCACCAUCCUAACCA